CUUUUAUCUUUUUUCGCUUCGUUUGCAUCUUGAUUGCUGCACUUCCUCGAAGGAGUAGAAGUUAAGCGUCUUUAGAAACCUUUCAAAUCUCUUUUGCCUAGCUUGUCGUGGAAGUGCCCUUUUAAAAUGACUCGUGGUGACCAGCGUGAACGUGACCGAGCUAAGGCCUUGAAGGCCCAAGCCGCCAAGGGUACCAAGCUUGCUGGUAGUCCUCAACAACGAAGGGAAGCCGACGCUAAGGCUGUUGCCGAGAAGCAAGCGCUCAAAGCCAAGGCUCGAGCUGAGGCUGAAGCUCGAGGAGAAUUAUCGGCCUACGACGCCAAGGUGGAAAAGAGGAAGCAGAAUGCCCAACAAAAGAAGUAGAACCAUCGUGUGUUAUACUUGCUUCUGAUUGGGAGCUCUAUUCCUCGAGAUUCAAUUGGCCGCGAAAGGGACGGAGAUAUUAUUGGCGUGAUAGAGAAACAACGAUGAGCGAGAGGAAGGAGUACUUAUUUCUAUAUUAUAUUAUAGAGAGGUCUGUUAGGCCGUAAUCAAGCAGCACGACAACAACCUGACAAAGGGGAUUUGUUUGAUACAGUCCAAAACGUCGCCGAUGUAACUCCUCCAUUGCCCGUUUUUCCUGUGAACAUCACUUGAAUCCAGGAAGAGGCUCAGCUCUUCCAAGCUCUUCGGACUGAAGUUUUCCCAAAUAGGACAAACUUCACUUAGUAUUGGAAGGCCAACAAUAUUAGCAUUGUGCCGAAAGUUCAAGCCUUCCAAUAUAUACGAAAUAGCUUUUGCAGCAUUCCAUGACAGGGAUAGUCUUGUUGCUUGCCGUUCCUACUACCGUAUGCCUUAGUCAUCUGCAGCAUAUUAUAUUCGGAUGAGCGAAUAGCUACUUUGACUACAAUGCGAUGUCGUAGCGCCUUACUUCGCCAAGCCCAUAUGCAACAAAUCUUCUCUUC